AACUGAUUGGCCCAGAAUGCAGUGCAACAUUUUCAAGAUACACUGGAAAUUUCAAUUUUCCAUGCUCUAAUGGUAAAGUAGAUUGGUCUAAACUUCAGCAAAAGAUUUGGAGUGAAUUGGAUAAAGUUAUGGAAGACACACCAAGUGAAACCAUCUCGAUCAUUCCAACUGGGGAUGAUGCAGAUGUUGUUGAUCAAGAUACCUUGAACAUGAUUCUUAAAAAACUCUGGAAAUUGACACCUCCUAUUUCAAAUAUCAUAAAAUUUUCAUUAAAGGUCAAAACAUCACAAGAGAAGUUUUCUGGUUAUAAAAGUUUCAGUGCAGUUGCAAGCUGUUUCAACCUUGACUAUGAGAUUAUCAAAGAUAUUCCCCAAAUGGAA